AUGAGUUUUCUCCAUGGUUUCAAAAAGAAUCUUAAUCGAGCGGGCACCACGCUGAUGCAAAAAACAGGUGCUGUGGAUCGUACUGAAGAUAGUGAGUUUGCGGAUGAGUAUGAGCGGUUCAAAAUACUUGAGAAGAAAUGUGAAAAGCUUAGUAAAAAUGCCAAGGCGUUUCUGGAUGCCAUGCGAGCGAUGACAACAACACAGUUAAGGAUAGCUCAAACCUUGGGAUUGUUUUAUGACGAUUGGGUCGUCAUGAGUCAAGGUGGUCGUGAGUACGUAAAGACCAUUGAACGUUUCAACGAGGAAACGAAAACGGAUUUGGAUAAGGCAUUUCAAACUACCGUUCUAGAGCCCCUGGCGCGGUUGUGUUCAUAUUUUCCAGAAAUCAAUGAAGCUGUUAAGCGUAGGAAAAAGAAGCAGCUUGACUAUGACGCUCAAAAAUCCAAGGUUCGAAAGUUAAUUGAUAGGCCAAGUGAAGAUCCACAAAAAUUGCCAAUGGCGGAGCAGGAAGCUGAUCUAGCACGCGAGAUGUACGAGGGGCUCAACACCAUUCUGAUAACCGAUCUCCCAAAAGUGGUUGAUUUACGUGUGCCAUACCUUGAUCCAUCUUUUGAAGCACUCAUCAAGACCGAAUUACUCUUUUCUCAAAAGUCAUAUGAAGAGCUGGAAGCGUUACGCCCACAAUUUUCACAAGAGAUGGAGCAAGGACAAGAUACAAGAGUGGAUGAUAUUUUGCAGCAGAUGCGUUCUCUUACUAUCACUGGAAAUUUCUAG